UGCUCAUGCCCGAGCUUCUCCAACCUCUGCGUUGUCUCGCUCCUUUGCAUCGGCAGCCAGGCGCCCGAGGUCAUGCGCUCCUCCCCUCGCGCAACACCUCGUCACCGUCCGACAAGUUACCGGACUGGGACCCCUCGCCUGGCGCCACCAGCAGCUCCCCGCUGCCCCGCUCCUUUCCCCUCCCCUUCCCUUUUUCCUCUCGGCUCUCUUCCUCCCGUGCCUCUCAACUCUGUUCUGUUCUCUGUACAGCAGCACCAUGCCAUGGUUGGAACUUGCAGCCACCUCGCUGCCCGGAUCCACGUCGUUCUGAACCUCCCGUCGCCAACAUCACCCGUGGCCAGCCGCCGGAGUUCCAGGUGCAGGAGCAGCGGAAGCUCCGCUAUGGCUGCCAAGGGCCUUCUCCUGCGACGAUCCGUCAAGUCCGCCGCCGGGAACGACCUCCACCACCUGGAUCCGCCAAGUCCAAGCCGCCUCGCCCGAUUCCAGCCGUCUUGCGCCGUCCCCGCCACCGGCUACCUCCCCUGCCUCGCACUUGCUCAAGCAGGACGACCGCGCCUCUGCUUCCCCUGCAAUGAGCAGCAGUCGCUGCACCGUCUCCCGUAUGCGUCCGUUGACCGCUUCAACCUUCCACGUGGGCCCCGCGUCGUCAGCCAGCUCCAAGGCCCAGCCUGCUUCCCCUCCAGAUCUGGCCUGCUCCAGAUCUGCCCCAGCCGCCACCACCGACCUGGGCCUCAGCCCAUGUUGUGAGGAUUCGUUCGACUACAUCCGUUUGUCUUCUUCAUGGACUCGCUCUUCUUCCUAGCGGG